GUUGAAUGCUGUUUCCUUGUAUUUAUGCAAUUUAGCUAAGGACAAUGGCAUCAAUUGCUAUGGAUAUGUUAAAAGCUGCAUCGGAUUGGCUCACUUUUGUUUUUGAUGCUCCUUUUGCAAGAGCUGUUGUCUUUGGAGUGAAUAUUGGAGGUUUUUCAUGAAACCAGAUAAAGCUCAAAUGCUUACUCCUCUUUUCGGAGAAGAGUUAUAAACCACCUAAAAGACCAUUGACAAAGAAGGUUUGUCAGGGAUGCCUAGCUGCCAAAGGACUUUCUUUUUGCAUUUUUUUAACUUUUUCAGUUGGCCUAGGUUGUGUUGUUCCCUUUGAGACAAAGAAAAAGAAUUUGAUCUGGGCGUUUCUCUUUCUCCUUCACUUCCAUGUGUUGAUUCUUUAUCUGGUAAGAGAGUUGCUAUUAGGCUGCAGUAAUACUCAGAGUUGGAUGUAAAGUUGUUGAUACUGGAAUUGCAUGUGUCUAUAGGAAAAUUGCUUGUUUAUUGCUCAAAAGGAAUGUUGUAAGAUUCUGUUGAUGUAUGUUACUCUGUUCUCAUAAGGCUGGUGUAUAUGUUCUUUCUGGACCAGUCUUUAUCCAUAUCAUGUCUUAGAGUGGGAAUUUUGGUGUCAAACAUUCUUGACUAAGAUGCUUGGUAGAUUCAUCUAUGCCAAAUUUUCUUUCCGAGAGUCUUAGGAUUUAAAGGAGUAGAAUCAUAGCAUUUUUUAGACAUAAACCUUUCUGGAGAGAUAUAGAAGAAAGAUAUCACAUUGUAUGAAAGCAAGGAAUUUUUUUUUAAAGAGAGAGAGAGAGAAGCAUGAAAGAUUUCUUCAGCCAAAUGCAAUCAAGUUGGUGCACUUCAGAAAAGAAAGACUGCAAAGUGCAUAUAUUUGAACUUGUAGUGCAUCUAAAGAUGGAGAUUGAUGAGCUAUGUGAUGAAUGGGUUCCUGAACCUCUAAUUCCUAAAAUGACAGAUGAGAUGAGAUAUGAACCUCCGAUAUUGGAGAGCGCUGCAGGGUCACAUACGUUAAUUAAUGGCACAGAAGUUAUUAACUUUGCUUCAGCAAAUUACCUAGGAUUAGUCGGACAUGGCAAGUUACUUGAAGCAUGUACAGAAUCAUUGGAGAAAUAUGGUGCCGGUUCUUGUGGUCCUCGUGGAUUUUAUGGAACAAUAGAUGUCCACCUUGAUUGUGAGGCCAGAAUAGCAAAGUUUUUGGGCACUCCAGAUUCCAUACUUUACUCUUAUGGACUUUCCACCAUGUUUAGUGCCAUUCCAGCAUUUUGCAAGAAGGGAGAUGUCAUUGUUGCGGAUGAGGGUGUGCACUGGGCAAUUCAAAAUGGCCUUCAGCUUUCCAGAAGUACAGUAGUAUAUUUCAAACACAAUGACAUGGAGUCUUUAAGAGAUAUGCUAGAGAAGGUCACCAAAGGGAACAAGCGUGCAGAGAAGCUGAGGCGCUAUAUUGUGGUUGAAGCAGUGUAUCAGAAUUCUGGCCAAAUUGCUCCCUUAGAUGAAAUCAUUAGACUCAAGGAAAAUUAUCGCUUCCGCGUUUUACUGGAUGAGAGCAAUUCAAUGGGUGUGCUUGGCAGUUCUGGUAGAGGUUUAACUGAGUACUGCAAAGUUCCGGUUGGCAAGAUUGAUAUCAUAACGGCGGCUAUGGGGCACGCAUUGGCAACAGAGGGAGGAGUAUGCACUGGGAGUGCAAGAGUCAUUGACCACCAACGGCUUAGCAGUUCUGGUUAUGUCUUUUCUGCUUCUUUGCCCCCUUACCUAACAAGUGCUGCAAUUACUGCAAUUGAUAUCCUGGAAGAAAAUCUUGAUCUUAUCAUGAAACUGAAGAAAAAUAUUGGCACACUAUGUAGAGGGCUAUCCGAUAUUCAAGGGCUUGAGAUAGCAAGUGAUCUGGCAUCUCCGAUUGUUUUUCUCCGAUUAAAGAAGUCAACGGGUUCCUUGAAAGGUGACCUUCAGGUGCUUGAAGAUAUAGCUCAACAUGUACUUAAGGAAGACUCUGUUUUGGUCGCUACUUCAAGAAGAUCAACUCUUGACAAAUGCAAAUUGCCUGUGGGCAUAAGAUUGUUUGUCUCUGCUGCUCAUACGGAAGAUGACUUAAUGAAAGCAGGUGAAUCACUGAAGAGAGUUGCAGCUCUGGCUUUAAAUGGUCAUGAUUAGAUGUUCCAAACUUGAAGCCUGGCAUGGUCUUUUCAAUUGGAGCAAGGAUUUCAGAUCCGGUGCUGGACCUUCAAUUCAGUGAUCUUCUCAUGCAAGCAGAAAUGGCAGGAAGAGUGUAAGUUUAUUUGAAGAGAGGAUGCAUGGGUAGUUUGAAUCUGUUGUUGAUUUUGGUUCUUAUUUCCGAGUUCAAUAGCACUGCUGAGAUGGUACAAUUUUGACAGAUACAAGCUAUUUAGAUCUUUGUGGUGUAAAACUUUUUUGCCCCUGAGCACCAGAAAGAGGAUAACAGAAGAACGUGGUUUUGAAGUGAUAUUCAAUGUACAUAUCGAUGUUCAAGUUAAA